GAAACUUAUCGUGCAACAGAUCGAAAUGACCGUCUCCAAUGAAGAGCCCCGACCGUUGCAGGUCCUGAUCAUAGGCGCAGGCAUUGCAGGCUUGACUGCUGCGAUUGCGCUGGGGAAACAAGGGCAUAAUGUUUUCAUCCUAGAAAAGUCCAAGUUCUCUCGCGAAGCCGGGGCCGCCAUCCAUGUGCCACCCAAUUGUACCGCGUUACUGAACUGGCUCGAUAUCGACCCAAAGGACUUUGGAGGCACUCUCCUAGAGCAGAUUCACCGGUACGAUACCCUGGGCAACCUGAAGUACAAGAAGGAGUUCGAUGGCAUUCGACACAUGUGGCAAGCAGAAUGGUAUCUCGUGCAUCGAGUUGACCUGCACAACUAUCUCAAGCAGCGGGCCCUGCAGACGGCAACCCUGCAUAUGGGCUGCAAAAUCGUCAGCAUUGACGUAACCAGUGAGCGUCCGUCAGUCACUCUCGAGAAUGGGGAAAGGUUCGAGGGGGACUUGUUGCUGGGUGCAGAUGGGCUCCACUCCAUCGUACGCAACGAGAUAGGGCAGCAACCGCCUUCUCCCUUUCCAGCUGGAAAGUCCUGUUUCCGGUGGCUUCUAGCCACAGAUGAAUUGUGUCAGCUGCCUGCGACGAAAUACCUAGUCCAGGAGCCCGGAGUCUUCAUCGAAUGGGCAGGUGACGAUCGACGGCUGGUAGCAUAUCCAUGCUCUAACAACAAUGUAAUUAACCUCUGCGCUUUCCUCCCGACAGCGGAGGCCGGAGGACUUGGCGAAGGCUGGCAAGCCGUCGGAAGCAAGGAUGCCCUCGUAUCUGGAUUCGCGAAUUUCGGGCCCGCGGUCAAAGAACUGGUGGACGUGGCGGAUGAUAGCCUCAAAGUAUGGGAGCUCUUCGAUAUGGAAGCUCUCCCAACGUGGGUCAGAGGCCGGUCAGCCUUGCUAGGAGAUGCUGCACAUCCCUUCCAACCCUAUAUGGGCCAGGGUGGCGCGAUGGCGAUCGAGGAUGCGGUGUCCUUAGCAGUGCUGCUACCCACGGGUACUCGAGUCGGUGACAUCCCCGCCCGCCUGGAAUUGUACGAGAAAGCCCGUCGGUCACGUAUUGAGCUUGUAUUGGAUUAUACUCGCAAGAAUGGCGUGGACGACAAUGAUACCACAGCCAAGAGAAUGUCAGCCGCGGAAAUGGUCAAGUUUAUGGGAAUCUGCUUCUCUCACAACGAAGUAAAAAGUUCCACCGCGCUCCUGGAGCUGGCCAAAGAGGGUUGA